UGAUCAAUAAAACGUGAUCAAUUUUUACAUGUAAGUUAGUGUAUUAGUGUAUUCAAUACACAACCACCGAAGUAAACAAAACAAGGAAAGAGAAUGGGACUAGGAGAAGGUAGUGGUUGUAGGCCCAGGGCCAGGGCCAAAAAAGACAGAAAAUACAUCCCGGCAAUGCCCAUGCCCCUGGCAGUAAUAUGUUGUAUAUUAAAUUUUCUAGUUCCAGGUAUAGGUACAAUUCUAGCUGGUUUUUGUGUGUGUUGUUGUGCUAGAAAUGAAGAUAUGACGUGUUGUGACAAGUUCUGUAGUUCCUUUCUAAGUGUUUUGUUUGGACUUUUACAAAUUAUACUCGCUCCAGUACUUUUUGUUGGAUGGGUAUGGAGUUGUUUUUGGGGAGUUUCUUUCAUUGGAAUGUCAAAGGAAUACUAUCAUGAUAAUAAACCAUUUGAUGAUGCACAACCAAAUACCGUAGUGACCAGUCAACCUGGUGCAAAUCCCAAUCUUGGUCAGUGGAGUUCACCGCCUGGAGGACCAUACGGUGGACAGCCUGGUCCAAGUGAAGGAUAUUAUCCACAAGGGGGUCAAUAUCCUGGACAGACUGGCCCAGGACCCGGAUACUUUCCAGGAGGACAUACAGGGUAUCCACAAGGACAAUCUAAUCAAUCACCUAUUGCUCCUUCUGCACCUCCGGCGGAAGACAACUCGGGAUAUCCACAUCCAGGAUAUCAUGAGCCACCACCAGGAUAUCAUGAACCACCACCAGGGUACCAUGAGUCACCACCUCCUUAUGAUGUCAAUGAUCCACAUCCAAAGAAAUAAUGAUCAAAUCAUGCAAUCUUUCGUGACCAAGUAUAAUAUUCCGAGUGCCAGGAAUAUGUACGAAGGGUUAAUAUCAAUGCAAAUAUCUUUUUGUUAAACGGUGCUUUUUAACCAGCCCGACUAAAGCCAGUCCCCGCCAUCCACUUAUGGUUGUAGGCUGCAAUUGGAUGAUGGGUGAUAUUUUAGUCAGACUUUUUUUAACCAUUCCUUAUCGGUGUGAACUUGUUUUAUGUAAGAAAAAGAUCUGAGAAAUGUGAGAGUCUGUCAAUUUUACACACUGUUUUAAUAUAAUUUAUGCUUCUCAUAUAGUUUAUAGUAUUAAUUAUUUUUGUUUAAAAUCAGAUAUUAUUUUUUUUUCCCUGUCUUACCGAUAGCCAGUGAUAGGAUGAAAAUGAUUUCGAUGCCUGUAUCCAAAAUGAUUUAAUUUGUAUACCAAUGAUACGUCAUGCUUUACUUUUACUUCCUUCAGUAUUUUUUCUAUGGCUCGUUCAUUUUAAGAUAACCUAAAAAAAUUGCAAAAAAAAAUGUAUUAAAAAUUGCAGUUUUUUGUCAUCUUGGACAUACAAGAUUUGGUCGCAUGAGCGAAAAAUAACUGACAUAAGCCUUGCAUAAUACACAUAUGUAAUAUAAGAAAAUAUUUUAGUCUUUUAAUAAAUGGUCAGUGGUGUGACAUACGGGAAGUUGGCCCUACAACUUUAUUUUAAUUUAGUUGAUGAUGUUUUUGGAGUUCUAUACAGUUAUACUUUGCAAUGUUUCUAUUCUGUUGUAUUAUUAUUCUGUAUGUCUGUACCGUAUGAAUGAGUGUGUUUGCAUUAGUAAAAUGGCUACAAGUAACACGGCAAAUGUUCUAAUAUAUAUAAAUUCAUUUAUAAAUCGGCGUUAUACCAGAUAACGAUUGACAACAAAAUGUUCAGGGAAUGCAGAACACGACUAUAGCAGUGCGUGUGUAAUUGAGUUUUCGAGGAGUUUGUGAGUCGAGAUUUUUGUAAAGUGCAUUAUACCUAUCACUGGCAUAUACUUAUUAUUUUAAACAGGACAUUUGUAUAUUUUUUUUAAUAUUAUUUAACUGGCAUAACUCACUUGACUGCAUACAUUUUAUAUGUGUUUUGUUAAUGAAUCACACACUAGUCUUGUACAAAGUGCAUUUUUUAUAUUUCCAUUGUUAUAUUUUAUGACUAUUUUUUUUUAUUAAUAAAAACUGAUAAGACUAUUUAUUGUGACAUGUCCUAAGAUAUGCUUUCUCCUGUAGUUUCAUAUUCAAUGAAUUUAUCAUCCUAUUUACUUUUAAACUAUCAAAUAAUAAGACAUUAUCUUUAUAACGUAUAUGAUUAUAAUCUGACGUAAUAUUUGAAAGAUUUAUAUCCCAUGUAAAGUUUGUCUAAACCAGGGAUCAAAUGGUCGGAUCAUAUCUAUUCUUACAUUAAAAUAAUGUU